UACACCCACCUGUAGAAAUGUUCUGUAUUUUUGUACAAGGGAGUGGGCAUAACUGAAAUUCUAUCUUAUUGGCAAGGGCUUUCUGGUCAGUCUAGAGUACAAAAAUUUGAAACCAGUUGCCGUUUGAACCCCUCGAAAUUCAAAAAACUAUCUUCAAUGCAACCAAUUAAACAACCUCAAACACAGCCUAAAGAAACUGAGAUAGAAAAAGGAUUCUGUGCGUGUGCCAGUGUGUGUUUUUGGCGAAAGAAAACAAGAAGAGAGAUGACGGGGUUGGUUAUGGUGAGUAGGGGGGUGGGUUGCGGGGGUGGUGGAAAUGGGAAGAGGUCAAAGGAAGAGCAAAAGCAGCAGCAGUUGUCUUUGUUGGAUUUUAUCUUAGCAGCUUUGAGGAAAUCUAUGAUGUCUUGUCGUGAUGAUCAAAAGGAGGAGGAGGUCAUGAAAUCCACCGUUCAUCUUCAUCAUAUGGAAAUCGGAUGGCCCACAAACGUCCAACAUCUAACUCAUGUCACUUUCGAUCGGUUUCAUGGGUUCUUGGGUCUUCCUCUUGAGUUUGAAGCUGAAAUCCCUUGUAAAGCACCCAGUGCCAGCGUCACCGUUUUUGGUAUCUCUGCAGAGUCGAUGCAGUGUUCUUAUGAUAAAAGAGGCAACAGUGUCCCGACUAUUCUCCUGUUAAUGCAGGAACGCUUAUACUCACAAGGUGGUCUGAAGGCUGAAGGAAUUUUUCGAAUAAACCCAGAGAAUAGCCAUGAGGAGGAAGUAAGGGACCAGCUCAACAGAGGGAUUGUGCCCGAUGACAUAAAUGUCCACUGUUUGGCCGGUCUCAUCAAAGCUUGGUUCCGAGAGCUUCCAGAAGGUGUGCUUGACGGGCUUUCACCAGAACAGGUUUUGCAGUGCAACAUGGAGGAGGAAUUUAUCGAGCUUGUGGAACAGCUUAAACCAACUGAGACCGCGCUGCUCAACUGGGCAAUUGAGCUGAUGGCUGAUGUUGUUGAGCAAGAGGAAUCCAACAAAAUGAAUGCCAGAAAUAUUGCAAUGGUUUUCGCCCCAAAUAUGACACAGAUGUCUGAUCCAUUGACAGCGCUCAUGCACGCUGUUCAAGUGAUGAACUUACUGAAGGCCCUGAUUGUGAAAACACUACGAGAACGUGGAGAGACAGAAGAUGGAGGAUUUUCACCCAUGUCAUCUAGUUUUUCUGAUAGACCAACUGAGAAGGAAUUUGACACUCAACGAGCGAUGGAGACUAGAUGUGAAUCAACAGGGCUCGCAUCAGAUGAUAAUGAUGAGCAACCUCGUUACAGCUACAGCAGUGAAGACAGAGAUGAAAUCGAAUCACUGAGUGAAAUGGAAGGAAGCUUCCUACGGCAAUUUGAUGAGAACGAUCAUGCAAAAAAUGACUUCCGGAAACAGCUAGAAGGAAUUUUGUGUAGUGAACACGAUAACCCCACGAGUUCUUCCUCUUUUGAUGGAGAUGUUUCGUGUUUACAUGAUAGUAAAUAAUGGGAUUUCAGGCUUGAGCACUAGCACAAGAGCAACUUACUGUUUCUGUGGGGCUUAAGGCGCAAGCAGAUUAACUGGAGCAUGUGGAAGCACAAAUGAUGUCUCGUCCGAACUGGUGUAACUGAAUCCAUUCCGGCGAUGCAUCUUUUGGAAGUUCUAAAUCUCUCUAUCGUCGGUGAAUGGCUGUUUAUGUAAAGUGUUGUUGUUAGGCUUAGUCUAGACACAAUGAUUUGCUUGAGGCUGAACUUGUGGUUAUUUCCUAUGUUUUAUCAGCACAGCAAAGGCUCUCUAAUAUUGACCAGUUAAAAUUGAUGUAAGAUAACAAUUGUCGAAAGAAGAUAAUGAAAAGAAGAUGAUUCUUAUAAAGAACAAAGUCCUUAAUCUCAGAUAAGAAUCAAAUUAAUGUUUUUGGCUUAACAAGAGAAUAGAAGGGAACUUCUCUAUAAUAUUGUGGUUUGUUCUUUCA